AUGUCGUCUGAAUUUUGCGGGCCAUGCAAGGAAACAGAGUGCAUGGAUGUGACGGAUUGCGAGGCGGCCGCUCUCAAGGCGCUCUACCAGCGGAUGGCUGACGAGCGGCCGUCCUUGGACUGCGACCCACCACGGAAGCCCACGGUGGAAGAGGCCAUGGCGACGAAGGAAGCGGCGGAAGCGGCGUGCGACCGGGCGCCGGGAGUGUCGCCGUUGAAAUACUUCGACAAGCAGAUGAUGGCCACUCUGGACUCCAAGAUGGUGACCACCUCGGACGCCGGCACCAACGACAAGGCCACCGUGCCGGAUCCCAUACUGUUCGCCAAGUGCAAGGCCAUUCCGGCAGGCACGAUCAACGCUGUGCUGUACGGCAUGGACGUGGAGCGGGCAGUGACGGGUCGGUCGGCCGAGCGGGACGGUCUGCAGGACGCGGCCGAGUGGCUGCUGAUGGCCGAGGCGGCGUGCAAGCAUAGCGGCGCGGUGCACGCUGCCCAGGUGGCGGCCCAGGUGCAGCCAGAGCCCAAGUACGCCGAGGACGCGGCCCGGAUCGGCGCCAAGGCGUACACGGCGGCAGCGCGGGGAGACAGGCCCGGCGGGUCCACGUCUGAGACUCCAGUCGAGGUGGUCGGCUACGUCGGGUGCACCAGACCACCGGACAGCACCCCCAAGAGGAACGCCUGCUGA